CGACAUUCUCCCCCGCCAUCCACCCGGCCUGACUUUCUGCCAACUUGCUGCGACUUGUGCUUCAUUCGUUGUAAAACAUUCAAAAUGGCUGCUCCUAUCGCCCUCCUCUCCGUCUACGACAAGGACGGCCUGCUGCCCUUCGCCAAGUCGCUCAAGGAGCUCGGCUUCCGCCUGCUCGGCUCGGGCGGCACCGCGCGCCUGAUCCGCGAGAACGGUCUCGAGAUCGAGGACGUGAGCUCGAUCACUAACGCGCCCGAGAUGCUCGGCGGCCGCGUCAAGACCCUCCACCCUGCGGUGCACGGCGGCAUCCUCGCUCGGUCGAUCGAGAGCGACGAGAAGGACCUCGCUGAGAACGGCAUCAGCAAGAUCACCAUGGUUGUCUGCAACCUUUACCCCUUCGUGCUGCAGACGGCCAAGCCCGACUGCACGCUUGCGGGCGCCAUCGAGGAGAUCGACAUCGGCGGCGUGACCCUUCUCCGCGCCGCGGCCAAGAACCACGAGCGCACCGCCAUCGUCUGCAGCCCCUCGGACUACGACGCCGUUAUUGCCGAGUGGAAGGCCAAGGGCGAGGUCUCGGCUGAGACCCGCCGCGGCCUUGCCCUCAAGGCGUUCGAGGCCACCAAGAGCUACGACGAGGCCAUUGCCGACUACUUCCGCAAGAUGUACGCGUCGACCGACUCGGACCCCGCCCUCAAGGCCGCCGCUGGCGUCGAGUACCAGCGCAUCCCCCUGCGUUAUGGUGCCAACCCGCACCAGAAGCCCGCCCAGGCUUUCGUCGAGACCGGCGAGAUGCCCGUCAAGGCUCUCUGCGGCUCGCCCGGCUACAUCAACCUCCUUGACGCGCUCAACUCGUGGGCGCUCGUCAAGGAGCUCUCGGAGGGUCUCGGUCUCCCUGCCGCUGCCUCGUUCAAGCACGUCUCGCCUGCCGGUGCCGCCGUCGGUGUCCCCCUCUCGGAGGUUGAGGCCAAGGUCUUCGGCGUCGACGACCUCAAGGACCUCUCGCCCCUUGCCACCGCCUACGCCCGUGCCCGUGGUGCGGACCGCAUGUCGUCGUUUGGCGACUUCCUCGCCCUCUCGCACCCUUGCGACGUCCCCACGGCCAAGAUCAUCAGCCGCGAGGUGUCGGACGGUGUCAUCGCCCCUGGCUACGAGCCUGAGGCCCUCGAGAUCCUCAAGAAGAAGAAGGGCGGCAAGUACUGCGUGCUCCAGAUGGACCCCAACUAUGUGCCUGGGGACGUUGAGACGCGUCACGUCUACGGCGUGUCGGUGCAGCAGAAGCGCAACGACGCCAAGAUCGAUGCAUCGCUCUUCACCAACCUCGUGUCGCAGAACAAGGACCUGCCCAAGAACGCCGUGACCGACCUCAUCGUCGCCACCCUCGCCCUCAAGUACACCCAGUCCAACUCGGUGUGCUACGCCCUCAACGGCGCCGUCAUCGGCCUCGGUGCCGGCCAGCAGUCGCGCAUCCACUGCACCCGCCUUGCUGGCGACAAGGCCGACAACUGGUGGCUGCGCCACCACCCGCGCGUCCUCGCUCUUCCCUUCAAGAAGGGCACGAAGCGCGCGGACAAGUCGAACGCCAUCGACCUCUUCGUCACGGGCGAGGCGUUCGUCGCGUCGCCUUCGGAGCGCGCACAGUGGGAGUCGCUCUUCGACGAGGUGCCGAAGCCUCUCACCGACGACGAGAAGAAGGAGCACUUCGCCCAGUUCAAGGACGUCGCGAUCGCCUCGGACGCCUUCUUCCCCUUCCCGGACAACGUGCACCGCGCCCGCCGCUCCGGCGCCCAGUACAUUGGCGCGCCCUCGGGCUCGAUUAUGGACGCCGAGUGCGUCAAGACUGCCGACGAGUACGGCAUGGUGUACGCCCACACCAACCUGCGUCUUUUCCACCACUAAACGCAAAUGUAAUGAUGUAGGAGCUAGCAUAUGGCAUUGAUAUGGACUGUGAAGCGGGG